AUGUCCCGCAGAUCGAGUCGUAAGACUGAGAAUAUUCCAUUGUACAACACCGGCGACGAUGAAAACAGCGAUACACCAUCUGCCACACCAAAAAAAGGCCGCAAGGCCGUGAAGGCUGAAGCCGUGCCGGUUGUCGCGAAGUCCCCGGCCAAAUCGAAGAAGUCUGCGAAGACGAAGACAGAGUCGGACGAGGAGUCUGAGCCCUCUGAACCGCCAUCAAAGAUCAAGAUAAAUAGUGUGAAGGCCAAGGCGCUGAAGGAAGACACGGUACCAAAGGCAAAGCAGCCUGCGAAGCGUAAGAUCAAGGACGGGGACGACGAAAACGAGGAUCCAGAGGAGGGCCAAUCGAAGAAAAAGCGCAAGACUAAGGAAGAGAAAGAGGCUGAAGAAGCGAUGCCCGUCGCUGUUCGAACAGCGGUGGCGUCGCUGAAGUCGGCAAUGCACAUUGGAGCGCACGUCUCUGCAGCAGGUGGUGUCCAGCACUCAAUCACAAACUCGCUGCAAAUCGGUGGAAACUCCUUCGCCUUCUUCCUCAAGUCCCAACGAAAAUGGACAAGCCCUCCACUGGCACCAGAAGCCCGCGCUCAGUUCCAAGCAUUCUGCCUGAAACACAAGUACGAUGCAGCGAAGCACGUUCUACCUCAUGGCUCAUACCUCGUUAAUCUGGCUCAGCCUGAUCCCGAGAAAGCGGACCAGGCAUACAACUGCUUCCUAGAUGAUCUUCGACGGUGUGAGGCGCUCGGUAUCAAGCUGUACAACUUCCACCCUGGAAGUACGGGCAAACAUCCACGUAUCGAGGCGAUCCGCCGUAUCGCUAGUCAACUGAACAAGGCGCACAAGGCAACCAAGACGGUCGUUACACUCUUGGAGAACAUGGCAGGCAGUGGAAAUGUGAUUGGGUCUACGUGGGAGGAUCUUCGCGACAUAAUUGACCUCAUCGAUGACAAAUCCCGAGUCGGUGUAUGUAUUGAUACCUGCCAUAGCUUUGCAGCUGGGUACGAUCUCCGAUCACCCGAGGCUUUCAAGAAGACGAUGGAUAGUUUCUCGGAGGUUGUUGGCAUGUCAUAUCUUAGAGCCUUGCAUCUCAAUGACAGCAAGGCGCCACUAUCAUCGAAUCGAGAUCUCCAUGCAAACAUUGGCACCGGAUUCCUUGGCCUGAGAGCCUUCCACAAUGUUGUCAAUUUCGCACCCUUCCAAGAUUUACCGAUGGUGCUCGAGACUCCAGCUGAUAAGAAGGGGCCGGAUGGGAAGACUGUCGAAGAUAAGGGGAUCUGGGCUGCUGAGAUCAAGUUACUCGAGAGUCUGAUUGGAGCUGAUCCGGAAACGGAUGAGUUCAAAAAGGAAGAGCAGCGCUUGCAAGACGUCGGAGCGGAGGAGCGGAAGAAGUACCAAGACCAGGUGGACAAAAAGCAACAAAAGGGAGAAAAGGGACAGAAGACUCUCGAUUCGAUGUUCAAGAAAGCCCCCGCAAAGAAGAAGAAGAAGGCGAAGAAAGAUGAAGACGAAUCCGAUAGCGAGGGGGGAUGUAGCCACUGA